UGGCAAAGAACAUUCAAAAUUCCCAUUGCUAAAACUAUAACAAUUCCAGAGUAAGAAAAAGAGCAGCCACAAUCCCACUACAAGGUUCCUCCUCACAGUGUACCCUGGAACUCUGCGCACUUUCUCUCUGUGCAGCAGUGGCAAGGAGAAGUUGCCACCUCUGGUGUCGGCUAGUUUUGUUUGCGUUGGUGUCGGUGCGGCGAUAGCGGUGGCGGUGUCGGUGGCGGCAGCAGCUCCUGUGGUGCUCCGUAGACGUUCCUAGUGCUGGGUAAUUUUGCAUGCAAAUAACUGGAAAUUAGUCAAAUCAAGUCCUUACACUUGAUGAGGUCCUUCAAAAUGCUGAACAAGUGGCUUUGUUUUGUGCUUCUGCUUGGCUGCUGCUGCAUGGGUGGAGAGGCAUUUAUUGUGGAAAAUCCUCACAUGUCCUUCAUUGCACACCUCAUCAGAUAUCCCAGUGAGGAGAACAUCAUUGUGUCGCCAGCCUCAUUCCACGAUGGCCUCAUACACCUAUUAAUGGGCACAAGGGGUGCAAGUGCCACCGAAAUGAUGGGCGUGUUGCAGCUAAACGAACAGCAACUGAAUGAGCACCUAAAGGGGAGUGUCUCCAACAAAACAAUUUACAAUUCCACAAUGAAAAUGUACAAUCAAUUGUACGUGGAUCGUGGCCUGUGGCUGCUGGAUCGCUACAAGCUGGACAUUUACAAAUAUUUCCAUACAAAAGUGGAGCAUGUGGACUUUGAGAGCAUGGAUGGCACCGUGGACACCAUCAACGGAUGGAUAGCCAAGAAAACGAACCAGAAAAUAACAGAAAUGUUGGGCUGGGUUAGUCCCGACUCAAAGAUGGUGCUGGUCACAGCCUUCGAGUUCCAUGGCGAGUGGGAGAAGCCCUUCGAUCCGAACCUAACCACCAAGGAGCCCUUUGAAACUCCGAAUCGAAGCCCAGACGGAAUUGUGCCCACAGCUCUGGUGGAUAUGAUGCACAUAAGGGAGAAGUUCGCUCACAGAUACAUUGAUGCAAUCUGUGCACACGCGAUAUUCCUGCCCUACAAGCACGAGAACCUCUCGAUGGUCGUACUUUUGCCGAGAGAUUCCACUGGCCUGUACUACAUCAAGAGAAAUAUCCAAGACGUGGAUCUGCAAGCCCUUGAGCCCACCGAACCACCUGUGGAAAUUGAACUCGGCCUCCCCCGAUUCCAGAUUGAAUACGGAUCAGACUUGUCGAAUAUCAUCAAGAGCAUGGGCAUUCGACAGAUAUUCUUUGAAAGCGCCAACUUCAGUGGUCUCACCAAACAGGAGAAAGUGUGGCUCAAUCAGUUUCGACACAAGGUGCAUAUCCUGGUGGAUGAAGGGGGCUACAAUGCGUCUGUUGCCUCGGCCUCUGUGGAGCUGAAGAAGAAGCCAUUCGCAAAAAGAAACACCGAAGAAGUUGAACGCUUCACAGUCAAUCAUCCGUUUUUCUUUUAUAUCAAAGACAAGGAGAGAAUUUAUGUGGCAGGAAUUGUUGAUAGAAUACCAGAAACCAUGCAAUAAUUAAUGUUCUAUAGCUAAUAUGUUUCGCUUUGCCUAUUAAACGUUAAAGAACUUCACGCCUGAA